CAAACCCUCCCCACAACAAACAUCCCCCACAGCCUCGCCCCCACAAGCCAAGCCAAACACACGUCCGUGCACUCGACUACCCGCUAGCCCACCCCGGAUCCCCAAACGUGCAAUAAAGCCGACCCGAAAAAGCAUGUCAUGCGCUUUCACAUGGGCCGCCUGCGGCUGUCACAUGCGAGUGGUCCGCCCACACCCCAACCACGCGGGCGAGGAAUGGGUAGGAGCUUGAGGGAUGGAUGGCGUAGACAUGUUUGGGAUUGGGGAUUACUUUGCUUGAUUGUAGAGCUUAUAAGCUCAUACAUUCGCAAGAUCGUCAACUCGCCAGCUCGCAUACUCGGGAAUGACGGCGCAAAAAGACAGUAGCAGCGCUCCAAGAUGAUAGACCACGUGCUGGGUCGGCCGUCGGUGCAGUUCCGCAAGAUCCAGGUGCUGGCCGUGGUGUCGUUUUGGUCCUUUUAUCUCUACCGCGGCGACCGCCAUGGCCCCCCGAUCCUUCGCCGCAUCUCGACGUUGCUCUCCAAGAAGCUCACGGCGUGGCAGUCGCUGCUCAUGACGCUCCUCUACCUCUACAUUGCACGCAACUUCGGCAAGCUCGUCGGCCUCGAGUGCCCCGAACCGCUUGCCAAUCUGUACUCGCGCUCGUACUUCCGCGCUACGUGGGUCACGACGGCGCUGGACGCGGGCUUCUGGUCGGCUAUGAAGAUCAAGCGCAAGGGUACUAGGGACCUCCUCAGCGUCGUCUUCAGUAUCUACUACCUCAUCUGUGCCGAGCAGGCCGAUGAGAAGGUCAGGAAGAUCCGGGCCACGCUGACAGUCGACCAUCUGCGCGUCGCCUGGAAUAAAGGCACCACGCCGUACCUGGGCGCCUUGACGAGCCUGAUGCGGCCCCGGCUGAUGUGGUAUCCGCCGCGCAAGAUCAGGAUCCCGCGUCCGCGCGAGAGCUCGUACAAGGAGCCUGUGAUUGCGUGGCUGUACUUCAACGGCCCCAUCAGUGCGCUGAAGAAACACGACAAGGUCGUCUUGGAUAUCCCCGGCGGAGGCUUCGUGGCUAUGGAUCCGAGGAACCACGACGACAAGCUUAUGGGCUGGGCGGGCAAGACGGGCCUCCCUGUGCUGAGUCUGGACUACAGAAAGGCGCCUGAGUUUCCAUAUCCGUAUGCGUUGAAUGAGUGCUACGAUGUGUACCACUCCAUCGUUGCGACGAGGGGAAGGUGCAUGGGUCUUUCGGGGGAACAAGAGCCUAGGAUUCUGGUCUCUGGAGACUCUGCGGGAGGGAAUCUCGCCGUGGGCAUGGUGCUUAUGAUCCUGCAGAGUGGAUCGACGGCGACGCGCAGAUGGCAGGGUGAACUCGAGCUGCCGCCCCCAAUCGGCUGUAUCCUGGUCUAUCCAGCGCUGGACAUGAACAUUGGGAACUGGAUGACCGACGAGCAAAUGGCCCUCAUCCGCGACCGAAGAGUGCGCAAGACCAACCGACCCAUCCUACGCCACAAGAGCGACGACUACCGCCACCUCGCCCCAAACACACCAGGCGUGUCCGACAACUCGGACAGCGAGGAUGAGAAACCCAGAAAGACACGCCCAGCCGACAGCCCAAAGCCCAUGAGCGAACGCGUCCUCACUUCCCCACAGACAGCUAUCAAGCUCUCCUCCGCACACACGGGAAUCGACACCCACGCCCUCCCUCCCAUCAACACCAGCAUAGCCCAAAACAGCACCAUCUCCCAAACCCCCGACGUCCUCACCCCCGUGGCAAACAGCACCGCAGCCCCCAACACCACCACCACCACCACCGCCGCCGCCGCACCCCCCGCAACAGCCAUAAAAACGCGCCUCGCAACCUCCAGCAUGAUAUCCUACUUCAACGACCGCAUCCUCACCCCCGAAAUGAUGCGCGCCAUGAUCAUCCUCUACGUCGGCCCACACAUAAAACCCGACUUCAGCACAGACUUCCUCCUCUCGCCCUGCCUCGCGCCCGAAUCCCUCCUCACGCGCUUCCCGCGCACCUGGAUGCUCACCGGCGAGCGCGACCCGCUCGUCGACGACACACUCAUCUUCGCCGGCCGCUUGCGCCAGGCUAAGCGCGCUGCGUGGCUGACGGGCAAGGAGCUGGGGCUUGAGUGGGCGCGCGGCGAGUUCCGCGAGGAGAGCGUCGUUAGCGUCGAUUUGAUUCCUGGGAUUAGCCAUGGGUUUUUGCAGUUCGUGGGCGUGUUUCCCGAGGGCUGGAAGUAUAUCUUCCGUUGUGCGAAGUGGAUUGGUGAGGCGUUUGAGCGGGAUGAGGCGGGUGAGGCGGUUACGCCGCGCCCGAGGGGGAGGGGUCGGGAUGGGGGGGAUUACUUUGGGUCUGGGGCUACGGUCGGGUUGGCGGAGGCGGUUGGUGGGUUGAGAGAGGGGAGGGCGAGGCAUCAUUAUCGGUCGGGCACGGCGAGCUCGGCGGAGGAGGAUCGGCCGUUGGAGAUGACUGUUCUGAGGGGGAAGGCGAAUGGGGGUGGGAAUGGGAGGGUGAAUGGGUCGGCGAGGGUGCGUAGGAGUGAUGGGCGGAGGGGCAGGAGGAAGUCGUUGGUUAGUCUGGCGAGUGAGGAUGAUUUGCUGGGGAGGAGGAUGAAGGGGCUCACUGGGGGGUUGGGGGGUGAGGGUCUGUUGAAUGAGGUGUAG